UGAGAACGAGGUCCCGCCACUCCGGGCACGGGAGAUCCAUGUUCAGGGUCCGGGCAACUCUCUCGGGUGUGACGUCACUGAGAUGAUAAACAGGCCCCGCGCGCAGCCCAAGAGCUAAGUUGGCGCCAAAACAAGCGAGCGAAGGAGAAGGAGAAGGAGAAGGAAAAGAAAAGGAAGAAGAAGGAGAAGAAGAGGAGGAAAGUGCGGCAAUUAAAAGAAGCGAAAUUAAAAAUAUAUAAAAAGCGAAGAUGAGCGGUGCGCUGACCCGAGGCGCUAUCCCGGCCAUCGCAAAGGGAGACCAGAUUCAAAACCCAGUCCUACAAGCUGUUAACGUAAGACGCCUCGAUGGUGGCAGUGGAUUACCUCGCUUCCGACUGGUGAUGAGCGAUGGAGUGCACUUCGUGUCCUCCUUUAUGUUGGCGACUCAGCUGAAUGUCCUGGUGGAGCAGAAAGAGAUUGAUGUCAACUGCGUCUGCAAGAUCAAGAAAUACAUUGUGAACACACUGAAGGAUGGAAGGCGUGUGGUUGUAAUCAUGGAUCUGGAGGUCCUGAAAUGUGCCAGUGAUGUAGGAGGGAAGAUUGGAGAGCCAGUUCUAUAUGUGGAAGGUGCAGCACAGACAACAUCGCCUACUUCAAACCCACCUGCCAGGCCAUUCAAGCAGCAAAGCAGUUGCGAUUCUGAGGCACCUAUGAAUAGGGGUCCCCCCAAGGAUUUUGGGAAACAGAAGGCAUUUUCAGACCCCCCUAAUACUCCUGGGGGCACCCAGUCAAAAGUGGUGCCCAUUGCCAGCCUUAACCCGUACCAGAGCAAGUGGACCGUCCGAGCCCGAAUCACCAACAAGAGCCAGAUUCGCACCUGGAGCAACUCCAGAGGAGAGGGCAAGCUGUUCUCCAUGGAGAUCGUGGACGAGAGUGGGGAGAUCAGAGUUACAGGGUUCAAUGAACAAGUUGACAAGUACUACAGUGUGAUUGAAGUCAACAAGGUGUAUUACAUCUCCAAAGGCACUCUGAAGAUCGCCAACAAGCAGUACACGAAUGUGAAGAAUGAUUACGAGAUGACGCUGAGCAACGACACCUCCAUCGUGCCCUGCGACGACGCGGGCAACGUGCCCAUGGUGCAGUUCGACUUCGUUCCCAUUGAGGAGCUGGUGAACAAGGAGAAGGACUCUGUGGUCGAUGUUAUCGGAAUCUGCAAGAGCUACGAUGAAGUAACAAAGAUCACAACGAAAGCCAACAAGGAAGUCUCCAAGAGAGCCGUGCACCUGAUGGACGUGUCCGGGAAGGUCAUCACAACCACCCUGUGGGGAGAGGAGGCUGAGAAGUUUGACGGCUCGGGGCAGCCUGUCCUGGCCAUUAAGGGGGCUCGCCUGUCAGAUUUUGGGGGUCGAUCUCUCUCGGUCCUCUUUUCCAGCACCCUCAUGGUGAACCCCGACGUUCCUGAAGCCUUCAAACUGCGAGGCUGGUUCGAUUCUGAGGGGCACACUCUUGAAGGGUCAUCUAUGUCUGAAAUGAAAGGCGCUGGUGGUGGGAUCACUAACUGGAAGACUCUGUCUGAGGUGAAGACUGAAAACCUGGGCCAUGGAGACAAGGCUGACUACUUCACGUGUGUGGCCACCAUCGUCUACCUGCGCAAGGAGAACUGCAUGUACCAGGCCUGCCCCACGCAGGACUGCAACAAGAAGGUGGUGGACCAACAGAACGGGCUCUUCCGCUGCGAGAAGUGUGACAAGGAGUUCCCCAACUUCAAGUAUCGCAUGAUCCUCUCUGCAAACAUUGCAGAUUUCGGUGAUAAUCAGUGGGUCACUUGUUUCCAAGAGUCUGCAGAAGCCAUGCUGGGAAAGAGCGGAGAUUACCUGGGGGAGCUGAGGGAGUCGAAUGAGCAGGCAUUCGAUGAGGUGUUCCAGAACGCCAACUUCAGAACCUACACCUUCCGAAACCGGGUCAAGCUGGAAACCUACAACGACGAAUCUCGUAUCAAAGCGUCGGUGUUGGAUGUCAAGCCCGUAGAUCACAAAGAGUACAGCAAGAGGCUCCUCGUGAACAUACGGAAGCAUGCAUCACAGUAACAAGUGCGGGGGGGCCACAGAGACAGGGGUCCUGACUCCACUGCCUGGGACGGGCGACAGCACACUGGCUUUUCCUUUUGAGCCAGUUCAAAUUCAUUAUUUUCCUUAUUUAUGGUGUACAUAAAGCAAACACAGUAGCUACAGAUCAGCUAAAGGGGAGUGUUUAGACAGUCUUGUGUGCUCUCUCAGUAGAAGUUACCAUUAACUCGCCACACUUGUGAGGAUGUACAAUGUGUUUCUCAAUAUGGUGUUCAGACUUUUUUUUUUUUUUUUUUAAUGUGCGUUUUUGGAAAACUACAGAAUAAAUGCAAUGGUUUAGGUUCAAACAAAUAACUGCUGGACUGGAAUUCAUAACCACUGACUGCUAUAGGUAGUUGGUGCUCAGUGGUCUGUGAAAAAAGUCAAAGCCUGGGCUGGGGAUUGGUUUGGUUUAAAAGGAAAAUGCUGAGGGAUUCAGAAUGUUUCGAAUGUUUCGAGGACCUGCUGUGCUUUGUGAAUUCCAGGACAAAGCUGCACAUCUCUGAUAAGCUUAUUUAAACUUGCACCUCUGUCUCCCCAACUUUUUUUUUUAAGUGAUCAUAAAUAAAAUCCAACAGCACAGCCUUAUUUGGUAUUAGCGGGGCAUGGUGUUUAAGCAAGCAAAUUUUAGCGUGUUUUUUUUGUGAACCAUUUAAAGUGUGCUUCUGUCCUGUUUUUGUAGUGAUCCGGCAGUAUUUUAUUUUCGCUUUGAAACACAGCGAGGGGUUGUAUAAAUCAGCGGGACCUGACACAUCUUGGACCGAAGGACCAGUCCAGUCCCAAGUCUGUAUUCCAAGCAGGCCUUAAAUCUGAGUACAUGCAUACAAAGGAAUUAAACCGGGCAGCGGUGGUAGAAAAUGCUGUGAGCUGGUGUGUGUGUGCGCACCGAGAAUUGAAAGAACUGAAUGAUGAUGUCUUAUUGGUGCCAGAAUUUGUUAACUCUCUCAAGCAUUUGUUUUGAAGUUUUAAAAAAAAAAAGAAAAAAUCCUCCCACGCUUAUAAAACCAAAAGAUGGUCAUUUGUGUGCUUCUGAAUGGUAUAAUAGUCAAGACUUGCCAAGUAGAUGUUGGCUGCAAGAGGUUCAGAGAUUUGUGGGCGGAAGAGGAAGAGUGAAGCAGCGAUCUGCUCUUCCUUACCCCAGGCAAGGCUUUACUUUGUGGGUGGUUUUGUGUCUUUAGUCUUCUGAAAUUACUUGUGGCCUGCACUUUCCAAAACCAUGUGGAUUUUGCAUUCAAGCGAGGCACUGCCUUAUCAUGGUUGUAAAUAACUGUGAUGCACCCUUUUUUAUUGAAUGGCAGUUUUGAGUAGGAAUUAUUCAUGGCCUUGCAUGGGCGUCUUAACAAACGUUUGGUUGUCUUCAAGUAGAUACAGCAAUGGACAUUUUAAUGCACUUGACAUGUUGGGGUUAAAUUACACUCCCUUGAAACUGUACUCGAUUGCUGGCAGUAGCUUUUAUUUUAAAAGCAUCAAUACAUGGAGAGCUUUGCUAUCUUUAUGGAAAAUAAGGAGGGUUAACAUGAUUUUCUGUGACAUUUAAACAAUAGGGAAUCUUGUAUUCAACCCUGCUUAAGCCUGUGCCCUGAAAAAACACCAUGUGGUCAGUUUUCUUCAUAUUCUGUUUUUUUAUAAAAAAUCAAGCUAUGGAUGAGUGUUAAGAUUUAAGAGCAGAUUUCAAGACUUUCAGCACUUUAUUUUUUCCUUUCCUUUUGCUAAUGCUCGUCCUCAAUAAAGCAAGGCAAUGCACUUGCAAUGUGCAGAUGCAAGCGAGUUGAAAGACUUGCUUGGGGAAGCACGGGACCACUUAUCAUUUUAAGCUGCCCUUUUUUUUCCAUUUUUAUGUUCAUAAUACUGUGAGAAAUAGUCUGCUGGAGAUCUCCAGAAGUGUAAAGAUGUCAGCGUGCAGGACCGAAAUGGCGCUCGUGUCUGGGGAUUGUGCUGCCUUGUAUUUUGUACGUUUAAGCCGUCAAACGGCUUGUGUUUUUGGGAUUCUGAUUUUGAGUUGGGACUAGUUGAUUCAAAACACUCAAGUUCUUUUUUCUCGGUUGGGUCUGCAGUGAUUUAAUUGAACUGUGUGUGUGUGCCAGGAUAUCUGAUUGUCUGAUAGCAAAGUAUUUUGAGAACGACCUGGUUCCACUUCCGAGAUGAAGCUUGCACACGUGUUUAAUACGAUGUGUCUUCUUUUGUGGUGAUGAUGAAAAGCUGCUGUUUGUUCUAAUAAAAGUAUAAAAAGUCA